AUGCCAGACUGUAUGGCAGAGGACACAGGAAUGAGUGGGAUCCUAGGUGCAUUGGCUACAAACGUUGACUUCAAGUUGUCAUUACUCAAAGAUGUUAUGGCUGAGUACACAGAGAUAAAACGUGUGAUCAAUGGGUUAGCCGAAGAAAAAGUGAGACUCCAACAAGAGAAGGAGAGGCUCCAGCAUGAGAAGGAGAUGCUUCAGCAUGAACAGCAAUCAAAUGGAGAGACUUUGGCAGCAAUGAAGGAGGACCUUUUGGCAUCAAAAGACACAUUGGUGGCAGUAAGAGAUGCACUUGUGGCAUCACAAGAGGAGAUUUCUCAAAAGUACUCCUGCCUGGAGUUUCUAAAGAAAAAACUUCAAGAGAGUGAAGCCAAGAAUAAUCAAGCUGAUCAACUGUGUGGAAAUGCUAUGGAGACUAUGCCUGUCCAACCAAGAGGGGUGCAAACAAGAUCAAUGCAAAAGAGGAAUAUAUUAUCCGAGGGACCUUCGGACUAUGGUGCUGAUGAAAAUGAGCAUACUAGCCAUCUGGAUGGCCCAUCUCUAUCUCCUUUGAAAUUGUUGGCAAAUCUUAGUACGCCAACGGGAUCAAUGGAGAAACAGAAAGGACUGUCUGAAAGACCUUUGGGUAGCGAUGCUGACAAUCUUGAGGGAUUCCUUGAAAUUGACACUGGAGGAAGGAUAAUUGGUAUAAAGGAAAUGGGGGAAUUGGAUGAGAAGGCAUUCAAGGCUGCUUGUCUUGCAAAAGUGCCUCCUGAAGAAGUUGGCGCAGCAUCUUAUCAGUUAUACUCAUCAUGGAAGCAGCAACUUGGUGACCUAAGUUGGUAUCCUUUCAAGGCUAUCACAAUUGAUGGCAACCACCAGGAGAUUGCGAAUAUUGAUGAUGAUAAGCUGCAAGAGCUGAAGAGGGCAUGGGGUUCUGGUGCUUAUAAUGCUGUGGUUAACGCCUUGGUGGAGAUGAAAGAGUAUGGCCGUCUGAACGACAGAAGCAUUGCCUAUGAGCUAUGGAACUUCAAGGAGGGGAGGAGGGCUACUACAAGGGAGUGUGUCGACUACAUGUCGAAUCAGGUGAAGAGGCUGACGGUGACGAAGCGCAGAAAGACACGCAGGUGGAGUGGCGCGGCGUGA